GCUCUCAGUCUGCUGAGCUAAGGUCACCGCUGUCAUUCGGUAGCUAGCUGUCCAUCAGGCGGGGUGGUCUCAUUCAGGAACGGAAGAACCUCAGAAACUAAGCAAAAUGUCUCUGUCUAACAAACUCACCUUGGAUAAGGUGGACGUCAACGGGAAGCGGGUCGUCAUGAGAGUUGACUUCAACGUUCCCAUGAAGGGCAGACAGAUAACAAACAACCAGAGGAUCAAGGCGGCAGUUCCCAGCAUCCAACACUGUCUGGACCACGGCGCCAAGAGUGUGGUGCUGAUGAGCCACCUGGGCCGUCCCGAUGGAAACGCCAUGCCAGAGAAAUACUCCCUGGAGCCGGUAGCAGCUGAGCUGAAGAGCCUGCUGGGAAGAGACGUCGCCUUCCUGAAGGACUGUGUCGGUCCAGACGUGGAGGCUGCCUGCGCCAACCCUGCUGCCGGAUCCGUCAUCCUGCUGGAAAACCUGCGCUUCCACGUUGAAGAGGAGGGAAAAGGCAAAGACGCUGCUGGAAACAAGACCAAGGCCACACAGGAGCAGAUCGAUGUUUUCCGGGCGUCUCUGUCCAAACUAGGAGACGUUUACAUCAACGACGCCUUUGGCACGGCGCACAGAGCCCACAGCUCCAUGGUGGGAGUGAACCUGCCCCAGAAGGCUGCAGGCUUCCUCAUGAAGAAGGAGCUGGACUACUUCGCCAUGGCGCUGGAGAAACCUCAGAGGCCCUUCCUGGCCAUCCUGGGGGGAGCAAAGGUGAAAGAUAAGAUCCAGCUGAUCAACAACAUGCUGGAUAAGGUCAAUGAGAUGAUCAUCGGCGGCGGCAUGGCCUUCACCUUCCUCAAAGUCCUCAACAACAUGGAGAUCGGUACGUCUCUGUUCGACGAGGAGGGCGCCGCCAUCGUCAAAGACCUGAUGGCCAAAGCGGAGAAGAACGGCGUGAAGAUUACGCUGCCCGUCGACUUCAUCACGGCCGAUAAGUUUGACGAGAAAGCCGCCACCGGCACCGCAACCGUCGCCGCAGGCAUCCCCGCCGGCUGGAUGGGUCUGGACUGUGGACCGGAGAGCUCCAAAGCCUACGCCGAGGCGGUGGGCAGGGCCAAGCAGAUCGUGUGGAACGGUCCGGUCGGUGUCUUUGAGUGGGAAAACUUUGCAAAGGGAACCAAGAACCUGAUGGACAAAGUGGUGGAGGUGACCCAGGCGGGCUGCAUCACCAUCAUCGGUGGGGGCGACACCGCCACAUGCUGCGCCAAAUGGAACACAGAAGACAAAGUCAGCCACGUCAGCACAGGAGGCGGAGCCAGUCUGGAGCUGCUGGAGGGGAAAGUCCUGCCUGGCGUGGAAGCCCUCAGCAGCGUCUAAAGCUGCUGUCAAGCUGGAGAAGAGGGUAGCUGCUCAACCAUUUAUUCCUGAAACACCCCACAGAAGUGACUAACCACCCCCCCCCCCUCAGCUGUACCAGAGAGGGGCGCCCUCCUCCUCCUCUCAGACCUGCUGUCACUAACAAGUAGAGAGCUCCGCCUUACGUCUCCUGAGUGAACUGCAGCGAGCGGCUGCAGCAGUGGAGGGCGUGUGGCGGUGAAGGCGGCCGCCCGCUCUCGCCCCAACGACAAACUUGAACAUUGGCUCUUCUGUGCGUGACCGCAAAGGGAUCUUCACCGCGCCUCCAGCCGCUUCACGCCGUGCAUCUGUGUAGAGGUUGUGAAAGUGUGUUUUGAUGUUACAUUUACUGUGUUCGCUGCAGUCGUCUGUCUUUUUCUGACGGAGAUGAUCCGUUCCAAUAAAAGCGUCUGUGUCAAAG